AUGGAGCGAUUCAGUGGAGUGAAAAGACGUGUGGAGAGGAAUGGGAAGGGUCCAUGGUGUGUUUCGGAUCGUGCUUGCGUGGUCCUUUUUAGGAAUCAAGAGACUCUCCCUUGCAAAUUCGUGUGGCGCAUUCUUUCCACACAAGCCCCAUACAGAGGCGCGAGAGAACCAGACUUCCCUUCCCUGAGCUCCUCUCCCGAAAUCGCAAAGCCGACGCCGUCGUUCCCCUCGCGCUCGCACCACCGCCGCCAAGCUCCUCCUCCUCCCUCGCCCCGCCGCCCCCGCCGUCACCGUCACCGUCGUCGUCACCCCCGACAACCUCCACCUGCUCGACCCCUUCCUCGCCUCCUCCUCCUCGCUCCAGCCUCUCGUCUUGCCUUCCCCAGAGCCCCCCGCCGCGCCACACCCGCCGCGGGUGCGCUUCGUCGCCAAAGUCCGCGCCCUCCGCAACCUCCACCUCCCGCUCCUCUCCCGGUGGUUCGAGUCCCACCCUCCCCGCCCCGCGCGGUCGUCUCCGACUUCUUCCUCGGGUGGACCCACCGCUUCGCCCGCCACCGCGGCGUCCCGCGCAUUGUCUUCUCGCCGUCCGGCGCGUUCGGGCUCUCCGUCGCCUUCGCCCUGUGGCGGGACCUCCUCCGGCCCGACGAGGAGUCGACGGUCUCGUUCGCGAAGCUGUCGAUCUACCGCCGCCCCCCCUUCGCGAAGCUGCCGCUGCCUCGCUGCUCCGCCCGAGCCCCGUUGCCGACGUCUGCUGGUUCGCUCACCACCUCUGGGCGCCACCGCCGCUGCGACCAGACGCCAAAAGCCGCCGUUCCUGCCGCGAUUCCGUCCUCAGCCCGUCCGUCCGAGCCCCCUGCACCACCACCUCCCUGCUGCUGGGUCCUUCUCUGCUUGACGCCCGACAGAUUUGCUCCGCUCGUAUCCUGGUUCCAAUAUAAACAGGAUCAACCCUGUUCCCGGACCGGAAAAACAUGGUGGGCCGGGAACAGGGUCUAAUGAAAACAGGGUAGGGAACAGGGUCUAAAAAGGAGAACCGGU